AUGUUUACGUGGGGGCCCCUGUGCAAGGAUACAGCAGUCUGCUCUCUGGUGAUGAAAUCCAUAAUCAACUCGCCUGUACAAUAUAGAGAAGAUGCGACCGUUCCGCCCCUGCGCUACACAGAACCCAAGGAGGGACGAAAGUUGCGCAUUGGCUACUUUACUGAUCUCGAGUGCUUCGUUGCGAAUCCUGCUGUUCGAAGAGCCAUUCUGCACACAAAAGAGAAACUCGUUAAACGUGGGCACGAGGUAAGCUUUCGUGUUACUACAGUUGCCGUUCUUAUUGUAAACUGCAGCCUUUUUUCUUACACCAAGUUACCAGUUUGUAAACUUUCUGCUGGCCAUACUAACCUUAGUCUUAUUGGACAUGACACUGAAAUAAGAACGUCCCCUUGCUAG